GGCCGGGGCCGCGCUGCUCACGCACUCCGCCUUCUGGGACCCCACGGUGAGCGGCGACUGGGACAGCGAGAGGCCGAGCCCGGCCUGCCUGCUGCGGAUCAAACGGGAUAUCAUGUCCAUUUAUAAGGAACCACCCCCUGGAAUGUUUGUUGUGCCUGAUCCCCAUGAUAUGACUAAGAUUCAUGCAUUGAUCACAGGCCCAUUUGACACGCCUUAUGAAGGGGGUUUCUUCUUGUUCCUGUUUCGCUGUCCUCCAGAUUAUCCCAUCCACCCACCAAGGGUCAAACUGAUGACAACAGGGAAUAAUACAGUGAGGUUUAACCCCAACUUCUACCGCAAUGGGAAAGUCUGCCUGAGUAUUCUAGGCACUUGGACUGGUCCUGCUUGGAGCCCAGCACAGAGUAUCUCUUCAGUCCUCAUCUCCAUACAGUCUCUGAUGACUGAGAACCCCUAUCACAACGAACCUGGCUUUGAGCAGGAGAGGCACCCUGGGGAUAGUAAGAACUAUAACGUGUGCAUUCGGCAUGAAACCAUCCGAGUAGCUGUGUGCGACAUGCUGGAAGGAAAGUGUCCCUGUCCUGAGCCUUUACGGGGUGUUAUGGAGAAGUCUUUCAUGGAAUACUUUGACUUCUACGAGGGUGCAUGCAAAGAGAGGCUUCACCUCCAAGGACAGACAAUGCAGGAUCCUUUUGGUGAGAAACGAGGCCACUUUGACUAUCAGUCCCUAUUAAUCCGUUUGCAAGGAAUUCGGCUGAAGGUGCAAGAGAAACACCAGCAGGAGAAUGUAGAAAUAGACUCUGACAGCAGCUCCUCGGAGACAGAGACGGACACUCAAGGGAGCUCCAAGGCUUAGAGGUGUCUCUCUCUAAGUGAGAAACCCAAUCCUGGGGAUGGUUCUGUCUUCGAACUCUAGAAUUACCCAACAGACUUGAGAACCAAGCCAAUCCCAGAGUGGCUAGAGCAGGAAGAAGUCUUCUGUCUCCUUUAAUGCUCUGGUGGAUACCGAACAAGAGGACUUCAUGGUAGACAAAGCCAAGCUUGUGACAAGCUACUCGAAAAGGUACUUCCUAUGCUAGAAAGCUGGAGCAUGUGGCAUCAGGUUAUUUUGGAAACACCUAUACUGGGUGGCUUUUUUUUUUUCUUUAUUGGAUUAAAACAAUGAGAUGUAGAAUGCAAGUCCGAUUUACAGCUUUUCUGUUCUUAAAUAGCCCAUAUGUGCCCUUCCCUCUGGCCAUGCUGAACUCCCAAGGACCAGAGCUGUAGGAGCACUUGGGUGGAGUCCAUAAUACUAAGGGGUCCACUUGCUGCUUGCCCAGGGUUAACUUCUGUCUGAGGAGAGGUGGGGCACAAGUGCUCUGCAUAAGCCCAUCUACCUGCUGAUGUCUCUUCUAGACAGACCAAAGAAACAGGGUGGAGUCUAGCUUUCUUUCUGAAAGCUUCAUCCAGUGCCUGGGUGGCUUUUGCUGGCUGAACUUUAGGUGGAAGGGGGGGAGAAAUGGAUGCAAACUGUAAAAGCUUAUAAAUCAAGAGCAGGUGCUUUUACCUUGGAAACAUUGGAGAGAGAAUCACUGUUUCUUUUAAAACAACCCCCCCACACCCAAAUCAAGGCUUUUGUUUUUUUAUGAUCUUGACUGGAGUUGACACGUUCUACUUUGGCUCUUCUAAAUGGAAGUGCUGUUUCCUUGACUGCUGUUUGCUUUCAGCCCCUGAAGUCAGUGUUUUUUGUUUUUUUUUCUGUUAAUAUUUUGAUCCAGGCCACAUUUAAAUGCUAGGAUAAGGGACACUUGUAAGUAGGAAGCCAGUUUCUGAUGGAGUCCUACAGAGAAGGGGAGGAGCGAAUGUCAAUAGCAGCAGAAUAUUCCCUUGCUAAACUUGGCCAGUGGUAAAACUAGUUCUCGGAACGAUCAAAGCUUUAACAGCAGAGUCUCCUUUUUGAGCAAUUCAUACCUCUUGGGCAGGUGUUGUCUGGCUGCAUAUGCCAUUACAUCAAGGAUGUAUUUAAAGUAGGGGUAUGGAGAUGAAACAUACUAAGGUCAAGCAAGCAGAUAAAUAAGCCUGAUUUGGUAACAAAAUAAAAUCACCAAACUGGGUGGUAAAAUGCUCCCCUAAAUUGAGCACAUAGAAUGGUGCAUCAGCCUUCCCACCCACCCCUGCCCCCAAAUUCCUUUGCUGUAAUCCUUUUUCCGAUUUAUUGUAGCAUGGAAAGAAACUCCAAGCCAGGAAACUUUGUUCUAAAAAAAUUGUUUUUGUAGAUCAAAUUGCAGUUGUUUUCAAUGUCCCACAUGUUGAAUUGUUUUCAAUACAGAUUGUUGAUAUUCUACAUAAACUUUUGUAAACUUUCAGAAGCCUGCCUCCUGCUGCGUAAGUAGCCUUGAAGUUGAAAGAUGUUAAAUGGCACCUUGAAUUCAGGAAUGUUUCCAACAACUUUUUUUCCCCUCAAACAAAAUCUCACCUUAGGUCUGUCAUUGGUAUGGUUUAGAAUAGAACCCUAGCUUCUCUGAAGGGAAACUCACAUAGGACACCCCACAUGGAAGUAAAUACAGCAGUUUAUUCCUUGAUAUAAGGUUUCAUGGAGGCAUAUCUGUAUGAGAAGGCACAAGCCGUGCUUCUGUGAUGCCUCUGUUUAAUCCCCUUGUAAAUUUCACUGUUUCCAUCAAUCAAUAGUAUCCCCACUUUAAAAUGGGUUAGAGCUGGGCCUCUGCCUUCAUAAGGCAGAUCUCAUUCAGAAAUAUGUAUGUGAUGCAUGUGGCAUUACCAUCCACACACACAAUGCCUUACUAUGGACACCAUUCACCUAAAGCAUGUGGCUGUAAACGUAUUAGUUUAAUAGCGCUGUUACCCGUCCUGCUGUUUCUGAAUGUUUCCAUUUCAAAGUGACAAUCCUCAAUGACUGCUCUAGGCAGACCUGUUUUAGUGACAGAGUUUUAGACCUAAUGAUUUGAAAAUAUAUGCACAAGAGUCACUAUAAAACACCUUGUUUAUAUACAAUUGUACAUAAGAUUUUUUUUGUGCAAUAAAGUUUGUUUUGGCAGAA